GUGAAUUCGGAAGUGCGGCGGUUUGAAUAUUCUUCACACUCCGGGGCUUGGCAAUCACGCGGAUCGGAGGUUUUGUUCCAUAACUCCGAGGUUUCGCAUUCAUGUGGUGCAUGAGAAUGAGUGAGCUGGAAAACGGAGGAACGAAGUCGCAGUGGAAUCGAUGGUUGAGAUGGAGUGUAGCGGGCCCGGGAUGGGAGAAGCCUGCGAGAAAGCACCGCGGUGGCGAAAAGUAGCGUGGAUAAGUUGACUGGGGGGUUCACCGAAGCGGUUAGAGACGAAGGCCUAUUCAAAUCUGUACAGCGCAGCCUCCGAGAGGCCUCGAUCUGCACCAUUUCUGCUUUCGCCCCCCUUCGACGCUUGUGUUUCAUGUGCAGUUGGGAGAGCUCCACAGCGCUUCCCUUGAAAUUCAUUCCUAGUUGCCGUUAUCCGUGUUGCUGGGGGAGCCUCUUUGGCUCCGAGACGUCCGAUUUCUAAAGUGCCUCAGCCAGGGUGUAGCGUAGGGCAAGUUUGUUCACGGAAGUUUGAUCUUUCAUCUCCAGUUGAUGUUCGUUCAAGAGAGAUGCGACUAGUUUUUCUGUUGUGUUUGUGAAUUUGUGUGAUGCCUUGCAUAAGUGCGUAGAUUGCUACACAAACUUUUUUCCUUGGGCCUGAUACCCUCGGCACGGACAAAUCUUAGUGUAGGUUGUGAGCAGGAGUGUUCAUAAGAAGUGCUAGAUGUGAGUGGACUCAAGGUCUGCAAUGAUCAUCAGUAGUUUUUUUAAAGAAACCCCUUGGAACUACCUGAAUUCUGUGUUUGCGCAACUCAGUGGAAUUUAGGAAUCCGCUUGUUAAUCUGCGCUACAGAGUGUGAGAAGUUCAUAGAUUGACAAUUUUGUUGGCGUGUGUUUGGUAAAAUCUUCUUUGUCGCGCCCUUCGUGUGCAGUGCUACGUACUCCAGGGGAAAGGCCGUAGGGUGGGAAGAACCACUCUUUGUAAUUAGCGUGGUGAUUAGCAACCUGAAUCAGCUUGUAAGUUGUAAGAUUUUUCUCACUGGUACUGUUGGGCUACAGCGGCAGAUCAAGCACCAUGGCGUUGAAGAUAUGCCCUGGCGAUAAAUUGUUGAGGAUUGAAUCGUUUCCCAUAGUCGGAAAUGCGCCGAAUGGAAAGAAGACGCUUGGAUGGUUGGGAACGGCCACACGGAUAGUGUUGCAGAGGACGAGCGACAAUAAGAAAGCCCUUAGCUGCAGAGCUGCUGCAUCCAGUUCAUGGCCAGCAUCGAACGCUUUUCUGCAGAAGGUGACACAAAAUGGGGCGAGUCGGAAGGAGGAUAAGUCUGAGCCAGAGCAUGGCUUGACGCAAUUUCAGGAGGUUUUGGACACGCAAGCGGCGUCGAAUGGAACCACUCUGGAAGUGUCGACUAGUCAGAUGGUGAGUUUGCACCUGCCGAAGCCAUUGUCUAUAACUGAUAUCGGUGUACUACCGCCGCGAGAAACUGCCGAUCUGCGAGUUGCAUAUCAGGGGGUUCCAGGGGCGUACAGUGAAGCAGCAGCGGCAAAGGCGUACCCGCGUUGUGAAGCAGUUCCAUGCGAGCAGUUUGAGGCAGCAUUUUCGGCGGUGGAGCUCUGGUUGGUGGACAGAGCGGUGUUACCGGUAGAAAAUUCCCUAGGAGGCAGCAUCCAUCGCAAUUACGACCUUCUUCUCCGUCAUCGCUUGCACAUAGUUGGCGAAGUGCAGCUCGGCAUUCACCACUGCCUCAUGGGCAUUCCGGGUGUGAAGAAGGAGGAACUGCAGCGAGUGGUGAGUCAUCCUCAAGCUCUAGCGCAGUGCGAGCAGACUUUGACCAAAUUGGGCGUCACGCGCGAAGCGGUAGACGAUACAGCUGGGGCAGCACAAUUCAUCGCCGCUCACAACCUCCGCGAUACGGGAGCUGUUGCGAGCGCCCGCGCUGCGGAGAUUUACGGACUCGAAAUUUUGAUGGACGGGAUCCAAGACGAUUUGGAUAACGUUACCCGGUUUCUCAUGCUUGCCAGGGAGCCCGUCAUGCCCAGAACCGACCGAAAAUUCAAAACCAGCAUCGUGUUCACCUUGGAGGAAGGACCUGGCGUCCUCUUCAAGGCACUCUCAGUUUUCGCCCUCCGGGACAUCAAUCUCACAAAAAUCGAAAGCCGGCCUCAGCGGAAGAGACCACUGCGGGUUGUCGACGACAGCAACAACGGCUCCGCCAAGUACUUCGACUACCUCUUCUACAUCGAUUUUGAGGCAUCCAUGGCCGACGUCCGCGCCCAGAACGCUUUGGGACAUUUACAAGAGUUCGCCACUUUCUUAAGAGUUCUAGGUAGUUAUCCCAUGGAUAUGAGUCCCAUGAGAGCUUAGAAACAACAACAACCCCAUGCGGCUCUCCCUGAACACACACUGGGCUGUGCACCAAGUCCUGGUAUUAACUUGUGAGAUCGAUACUCGCAACAUGUCGAUGAAGUUCUCCCUCAUGAGUCUUUCAGUGAGUCUGUCUGAGACCUGUUACCGGUUGUCGUCAAAUCAAAGUCCCCCCCUCCCUCCCUCACUUCCUCCCUACCCAUAUCUGUAAAUUUAUUACCGUUCCUGCGGCGAUGUAAUGUAUAGCGAUCAGUCUAGCCUUAGCUCAGGGAUAAGUAAACAUUCAGGCGCCUCUACAAUUGACGGAACCGAUGAGCCUGCUUUUAUCUGGUCCUCAUUCUCAUCGAAUUCCUCCUGUUUGCCUUUGAAGUAAAGCUGCCAACUCAUUGUUGGAACCCCCCGAGUGCCGCGCUCUUCUUCUGUAUUAUCAAUCCCUCCGCCCGUGCUUGCGACCAUUCACUUCUUCACCCUUAGCACAAUCAAUCAAACCAUGCACAGUUCCGUUAUUUCAAUCUUCUAGAAACGCUCGCUUUGACCGCCGAUCAGGCUUGACAGACUGCGAUGUCGACGUUGACUUUUCCCAGUUCAACUUAUUGUCUGUGUUGCUUUGAAACUGAACCGGAUAUGUCUCGGCACCGCCAAGUCAACCACGAUGCUAGAAAGUAGCAUAGAGAUAGUGCAUUUUGCCCACUGUGAACCACAAGAACUUAAAACCAACAAGAAAUACAUAUAUUUGUAUA